UCGCGAUACUUUGAAACGUCGAGUCGCCUCCUUCAAGCGCAACAUCUGCGGGCAACAGCAGGAGGUGUAUCGUGCUUUGGAAAACAUUAACUAUUACUACGUUAUUAUUAUAACUGCUGUUAUCUGUUAGGAUUCUCAUCAAACCUCUCACCCAGUUACUGACAGUGCCGCUAAUUAAACGGGAGAAGCUUGUUAAAUCUGCGCCCGCCUGAAACAUUCAGUGACGCCCCUUCACGUAGCAUAGAUAGCUAACGCUAAUUACUAGCAUUCAGUAGUAACGCUAGCAGCUAGUUAGCCUGUAGAGUUUCACAAGCCGACGGGCCAGGAUGCAAGAGGAUUAUUGGUGAGGAACGACCCCCAUCCACGUGCCAUGUCUCUGGUUUUCCCACGACCCAACACCAACGCCGUCCACAGCAAGAAGGAUAAGAGACUGAUGGCGGAAGUGAAUGCAUCGCCGCUCAAGCAUUUUGUCACGGCAAAGAAGAAGAUCAACGGGAUCUUUGAACAGUUGGGGGCCUACAUCAAGGAGAGCUCUUCCUUUCUGGAAGAUACUCACAAAAAUGAUGAUCUGGACCCGGUCACCACGGAGGAGCAGGUCCAAGAGGUCCGGGGUUACCUCGCCAAGGUGGCAGGGAUUGGAGAAGUGCUCGCCCGCAGGCACAUGAAGGUGGUCUUCUUCGGGAGGACCAGUAAUGGAAAGAGCUCAGUGAUCAAUGCCAUGCUGUGUGACAAGGUGCUGCCGUCUGGAAUAGGACACACCACCAACUGCUUCCUGAGGGUGGAGGGCACCGAUGGCAACGAGGCCUUCCUCCUCACCGAAGGCUCGGAGGAGAGGAAGAGCAUAAAGACAGUGAACCAGCUGGCUCACGCUCUCCACCAGGAUGAGGACCUGGACGCCGGCAGCUUGGUCUGUGUCAUGUGGCCUAAAGCCAAGUGUGCUCUGCUCAGGGAUGACCUGGUGUUGGUGGACAGCCCAGGUAUCGAUGUUACCACAGAACUGGACAGCUGGAUCGACAAGUUCUGCCUGGAUGCCGAUGUGUUUGUUCUGGUGGCGAACUCUGAGUCCACACUGAUGCAGACGGAGAAGUCCUUCUUUCACAAGGUCAAUGAGCGGCUCUCCAGUCCCAACAUUUUCAUCCUCAACAACCGCUGGGACGCCUCAGCCUCAGAACCUGAGUACAUGGAGGAGGUCCGCAGGCAGCAUAUGGACCGCUGCACCAAUUUCCUGGUGGAUGAGCUGGGUGUGGUGGACCGAGCCCAGGCCAGUGACCGCAUCUUCUUCGUCUCUGCCAAGGAAGUACUCCAGGCUCGUGUGCAGAAGGCUCAAGGAAUGCCUGAAGCAGGUGGAGCGCUCGCAGAAGGUUUUCAAGCCCGAAUGUUUGAGUUCCAGAACUUCGAGAGGCGAUUCGAGGAGUGUAUCUCACAGUCAGCAGUGAAGACCAAGUUUGAGCAGCACACAGUGAGGGCCAAACAGAUCUCUGAAGCCCUGCGCCGCAUUAUGGAUUCUGUACACAUCGCUGCACAAGAGCAGAGGGUCUACUGCCUUGACACCAAAGAGGACCGGCAGGACCGAUUGGAGUUUAUAGACAAGCAGUUGGACCUGUUGACCAUGGACUGUAAGGCCAAGAUCAAGAAGAUUACUGAGGAGGUGGAGAGACAGGUGUCUAAUGCCAUGGCAGAGGAGAUCAGGAAGCUCCAUGUGCUGGUGGACGACUUCCACAUGGACUUCCACCCAUCACCAGUGGUACUCAAGGUCUACAAGAACGAGCUCCACCGGCACAUUGAGGAGGGUCUGGGCAAGAACAUGUCAGAGAGGUGCUCCACCUCCAUCACCGGUGCCCUGCAGGCCACACAGACAGACAUGAUCGAGGGUCUGAAGCCUCUGCUGCCCAGCCCGGUCAGAGAGCAGGUAGACAAGCUGGUUCCUCGUCAGUGCUUCAGCCUCAGUUAUGACCUGGCCUGUGACAAGCUCUGCAGUGACUUUCAGGAGGACAUCGGCUUCCACUUCUCUCUGGGCUGGACCAUGCUGGUCAACCGCUUCCUGGGGCCCAAGAACACCCGGCGGGCCCUCAUGGGCUACAACGACCAGGUCCCCCGGCCCCUGGCCCUGACUCCGGUCAGCACCAGCAUGCCUCCGUUCCCACAAAGCUCCAUGACCCAGGAGGAGCUGAUGGUCUCCAUGGUGACCGGUCUUGCCUCCCUUACCUCCCGUACUUCCAUGGGCGUCCUCGUGGUUGGCGGCGUGAUCUGGAAGGCAGUGGGCUGGCGUCUGAUCGCCCUGUCAGUGGGUCUGUACGGGCUCCUCUACAUCUACGAGCGACUCACCUGGACCACCAAGGCCAAGGAGAGAGCCUUCAAGAGACAGUUUGUGGACUACGCCAGCGAGAAGCUGCAGCUCAUCGUCAGCUACACCGGAUCCAACUGCAGCCACCAAGUCCAGCAGGAGUUGGCCGGUGUGUUUGCUCAGCUCUGCCAGCAGGUGGACGUCACCCGUCAGAACCUGGAGGACGAAAUCACUGACAUGAACAGCAAGAUCGAGCUGCUGGACAGCCUGCAGAGCAAAGCUAAGCUGCUGCGGAACAAGGCGGGCUGGCUGGACAGCGAGCUCAACAUGUUCACGCAGCAGUACCUCCACCACAGCAAGUAAACCACACUGAGCACCACCCUGAGAGACUGAGGAACACCUGAGGAGCAGCUGCUACAGCUGCUGAAGGUUCCCCUCUAGUUGACACACUUCUGUAUUUUAAUGAGAGGAAAUACUCAACAAUGUUCUCAACAGAAGAGGACAAAUAGAAGGGAAGUUUGGAGUGGACGGAGUCGCUGGGUAGUUGUGAUAUGGAGACGAGGACAUGAGCUCUGUCCUGUGGUCAGCUGGUGACCCGUCACACAGAAAUAAAAAGUUAAAAACAGGAUCAGCUGUUAGAUAGAAGCCACAACAUGAAAGGGUUAACCACAGACUCCAGAACCGAUGCUCAUGAACCUCAGGUCUCCAUGUGGCUGAUGGAUCUGACUCCAGAACAGAAGUCUGCCCUCUCCUUGCAUCCUUAUGACCACCGUUGAGUGACUCUUCCAGCUUCUGUCCUUUAGAUUUGAUUCCAGUUCACUCGGCCACAUUGAACUUGUGUAGAUUUGAUUUUGUAUUUAUACAUUUUGAAGACUGUGCUGAAGUAAAAGGCAGUGCACGUGAGGGGGGGAGAAAGUGCUGUAUGUUAGUAGGAUAAUGCAGUGAACUGAAGACGUGUAAAAUAGUGAAUUUAUUCCUUUUUUCAGAGGGCGAAGCUCUGAAAUGAUCGUGGUUGAGUUGGUUGUGAAAUGGCAAAGAAACUGUUGCUCACAAGAAAGAAAACGACUAUUCACUCUUAGUUCUCUGAGCGCUAAGUCAAAGUGAUCUCACCUGUGCACCUGAGACUUCACGUACUGAUGGGUGGUUAUUCAAACUGUUCACUUUGAUGGCAUCUAAACUUGCUAUGACCCAUUCACCCUAAAUAACGUCUGCUUUUACUGAGUGCGUUUCCUUUAUUGUUCCUUCUGACAGUAAACAUACAUCUUAAUUUUUGUGAGGAUAAAUUGUUUGGCCUGUGAAGUAAUUGAAUAGAUUUUAGUUUGUUUAGAUUCCUGUAUUUUAUAACGUAAAGGACAAGGCUACAGUUAUUCUAUAUUUAUAUUAUUUUCAUCAAAUCUCACGUUCAGACUCAAACCAGCAACACGCCGGUCCGUCUCUCAGUACCGUCUCACUUCCUGUCUGCGGCUCUCAGCUGCGAGCCCAUUGGCUCCUGCUGAAGACGUGAAUCUUUAACAACACAAAUAUAUAGUUUGAUGUUUAAAAAGGAUCAGCCAUUUUGUAGUUUUUAUCAGACCAACAGGAGGAAACAGUGCGUCUGUUGGGGACUAUUUCCAGCGGCGGAUGAAUCCACGUGUGGUGCUGUAGUGAGUGUUUGGGGCAGCAGGACGGUGUGUGUGGGGCGGAGGCAGAAUAAACUACAGUGUGUGUGUGUUCGUGGUGAUGAAGCAACACACACUUUCACUGCUGGUUGAGUCUGAACAUUAGGAUUUAUUGACGAGAAGAAAAACAGAGAAUAUCAGCAGACCGACUCUGUAAAUGAUUUUAUUCAGUUGCAAUGUUUCGCAUAGCUACGGAAGAUGAUUAGGACCAAAUGCUAAUUGUUAAAUAAUUCAGAUUAUUUCCUCUGGAUUCUCCAGACUGGAGUCUGAUGAACCGGUCCAUAUCAGCUGUGUCCUCUAUUAAGUAACUCAUGUCAGUAGAGAAAUGCCAAAGACGCGUUUGUCCACCAGAACCGAAGUUUACACUGUAAAAUGUCCCACUCGGCACAUAUCCUGGUCGCUAUUCUUUAAUAACCACAUUUAAGAGAUUAUUAUCAGAAAUAUUAACGAUAUCUCAGCAGAACCAUUGUUUCCCAUAAACACAUGAUCAGAUUCUUUAAACUGUCCGGUAUCGAUAUCAGUAUGAGCCUAUAAAACCCUGCGGCACAACUUUAUUUCUAGUUUUCAGAAUCCAGACUUUUCUCACUAUUCACAAAUGAACUUCUUUCACGUUGCCCUAAUUCUCUUCCGUACGAACGUAGUUUUAGAGAACAGUGUGUUUGAUGUGAGAGUCCUGUGUAUGUUUGUCCUGCAUAUGAUGGAGUAUGUGAGAGUGGCCAGUUCCAGCAGAAGGCCCCUUUUCAAAUGAAAUUCUACUUUUUGGUUUCUAAAAUGUGUAUAUAAUGUCAUUUAAUAAUUUGCCUUUCAAUUGGAAACAGCGGGGAAAUGCUGUGGAUGUGCCUGGAUUAGUCCAGUAUGUAGAAGUCUUGUUUGAUUGGGCCGUGCUGUAAAUGAAAGCCAUACACUGCGUGUUGCCAAGUGAGCAGCAAGGCUGUCGUACAACACGUCCGUCAGAGCGAAGACAUGCACUUUAUCGAUUUGCUGCUUUUUGAUUUUUGUUUGUUUUUGGAAAUAUAAACCACAAUAGAUGUUCGGCUUCAGGGCGGUGAGAGUACCUGCAUGCUGUGUGUCCUGUUGAAAUGUUAAAACAUCUGUAUGUAUGUAAAAAAUAAAGGUGACACAAUGCUAA